CCAGCGGCGGGCGGGCCACGUCCCGCGGGCUGCGGGGGGGGAAGGAGCGGCGAGAGCUCGGGGAGCCGAGCCGCCCCCUCCCCGCCUCCCGCGGCGGCCUCGCGGCGGCCUCGCGCCCACGGGAACCGCGCGCAGCGAAGAGGGCGAGGCCUGGGCGAUGGGUGGCGAGCGCGGGGUCUGUGGGCGUCACGGCCCGGGUCUGAGGCUCUCCCGCGGCCCGGGUGCAGGGUCCAUGAGGCUGCGUCUCACGCUAAAGGGGUCUCGGUGCCCAUCGCUCGGAGCGCCCUUUGGUCUCCGUGUCUCGGUGUCUCGGGACCGGCCUCCUCUGUGCCUCGCGGGUCCGGGUCGUGAGUCGAGGGUUUGGGUCUCGGGGUGCCGCUCUCACGGCCUGGGUCCUCCUCCUCUUGAGUCCUCAGAGGCCUGUCCACCACGUCUCCCUGCCCGGUCCACCACGUCUCCCCGCUCGGGGUCUCUGAUCCAGGGGGGGGGGGGCCGCUCUAUUGGCGCCGCGAUGCUCCAUGGCAAGCUGCAAGGUGGGUGACCCGGCUGACCCACGGUCUCUUCUCCUUCUGUGUCCCCUGGCGCCGUAGGUCGUCGUCAGGAUGAGGCAGAAGAGGAAGGCGAGCGCCAUGCUCCCCGGAGGGGACAGCAGAGAAGGGAGCUCGGGACAAGCGGAUGGCGCGGUGAACGUGGUGAUCUGUGACAAGUGCUGGGAGGGUGCGGGCGAUGUGGUGGUCGGGGCCGAGGGGAAGUGCUUCUGUCUCAAGUGCGGGGAGACUAAAGCCCAGUCGCCCUCAAAGAGGUUCAUGUCCAUCAAGGAGGAGGCGGCACAGUUUGCCUACCAUGGGAACCACAACAUGGCCUUGGCUAACGCCUCGCUCUCGCUGCCCGGAGUGGUGGCCGGACCCUCGUCGGCCGCGGUGAGCUGGGCCGACAACCUCCCGUUCGUCCCGCUGGCCGAGGCGUCGAACCCCCGCCAGUCCCCGGCGCAGCCCGAGGCCGAGGAGGCCGCCGCGCCGCCGGGGGUGUGCGCGUCGGUGCACAGCCUCCUGCACAUCUCGCAGGGGAAGCCACAGAAGAAGUACGACGUGACGUGGGCGGAAAUCAACAGGCGGUCGGUGUCGCCGGAGCGCCUCUCCCCGUACUGCGUCAACUCGUACCUGCGCAACAGCAAAACGGCGCUGGCCGUGGUGCGCGCCGAGCUGCAGGACAAAGGCCUCCCCAUAAACUCGCGCUCCGGCGUGGUCACCACGCUCACCAAGCUCUGCGAGGGGGAGGUGAAGGACCUGGUGGAGGACAUGCAGUUCCUGAUUGCGCAGUACGUCCCGCGCAAGCUCAUCGUGUCCACACAUGCGCAGGACCUGCACGGAGACGGCACCGUCGUGCGGUUAUCGCAGCUGCAGAGCACCGUCACCAUGCUGGACGAGUACAGCUACAUCAUCCAGCAGCGCGGCUCCCGCUUCAACCAGGUGACUCACGGCCUGGGGCCCGGCAUGUUCAAGGCCUUCAUCAAGCUCCUCAAGACGCUGGCCGAGGAGGAGAUCGAGCACCUGAGCAGCAACUGAGAGCGAUUGAGAGUGACGUUGCCCCACACAGCCUGGUGCCUCACCCUCCCCCCGCACUUCCUCCCACGCACCCCUUCAUGCACCCCCUCCCACGCUUGACGGCCCCCAGCCACCUCGCUGUGAAUCCUCGCCGUGUCGGAGUAACGCGUGGGCCAGUAGUGAUAGCCGGAGUGAAGUCGGGAUGUCGUCUCCCUGCUCACACAAGCGUUAGGGGCGCUCGUGGCUUGAAAUUCCACAUCGUCCUGAUCAGAGCCAGCUUUUCAAGAUGAUCACGGUCCACUUUCAUUGAUACCCAUGUUUACAGAGUGGUACUUAUUAAAGUACCCCCCUUUAACAAAGUGCUACUUUGUUUACAAGCUGAAUAGGGCUGAUGAUUUGAAUCUAACCCCUCCCACCUUAACCAGGAUUUGAACUCGCAAAUCCUGGUUGUGGGGGGGAUUGAGAGUCGAUGGCUGUAAGCCACCCGGCCGCAUGAACUAAUUCUACAGAAAGGUUCUGUCAUAGACGACGGAAUUGCUUGCGCGUAGGCCUCGUCGGUCGGAGGCCGCAGGUUGGCCAGCGAGGUGCUGUCACUUUCUCAUUUCCCGGUUAUGUUUUCGGCUCCGUUGGAGGCCCCCACCAACUCCACAUGCGAGGCCGGGCGCUGCUGUUCCCUGUCGCCGCGCGGGCUAGCCCCCCUCCCGCCCCGCCCCCCUCCCGCCCCCCUCCCGCCCCCCUCCCAGCGCUCACGGUGCUCUACACAGGUCCCUGUGCCAGAUAUACAACCACGCACAGGGCUUCCUCCCGUGUUUUAUUUCGUUUAUGUGGAUUUACGUUUUCCUAAAUGCGUUUUAAUGAAGUUUUCGUAAAGCUAAUCAUGCAGUCAGGUUUUUGGGGAAAAAAAAAAGAAGUCCGACCCGUGGCACCGUGUUUUCAGUUGUGUCGCCGGUGCCGUCGCGCCGCUGUGCGUGCGCUUUGUGUGACGGAGGAGCACGCAGUCAGUCGGUGCGGGGGACCUCUGUCGUAAGCGAUCGUUCGCGUGAAUUUUAUUUGUAACCAGGUUCCUUCGCAUGUUGAGACGGAAGUCUGUUUUUUACAAAGGAGGCCUGGGAUGCAAAGUACUUUAUACAGUUUCAGUGCGGAACAACGAUAGCAAACGUUGAAUAAUUCGACGUGUUUGAGCUCAAUACGAUGAGCGUUCGCAAGCUCGUAAAACCGCCUCUUGGUGCUGUGAAGUGACGCCACUUUCUCCAGCCAAUAGGACGCCAAUAAGUUAUCGCUCAUUGCAUUUGGGUUGGUGCACAAAUUCCACCGUCAACUGGUCUUCAUCGACAAGCGACUGUCCUGUUCACUCACAAGUAGCACAGUCUACCAAUCUAUUCCAUAGCGCCAUCGUCAUCCACUCGAUCCGCCUGUUCCACAGUCGGCCCGGUCCAUUCACAAGCUGCGCGCCGGGUGGACCAACUCUCGUCGCACGCGCCACCGUGGACGCUGCUGGCCAGACUGCCGCUGCUGCCGCCACUGCCGAAGGCCGCGGAUGUGGUGCGGCGUUCUUUUAGAGAACGGCGGCAGCGGCGUAUGAGGAGUGCCGCAGCACGCUCCCGUGCUCUGCUGCUGCUGCUGCGGAGUGUGAAAUAAGCGCCUGGAGCUUUUGUGUCGUCGCUGUGUUUUGUUAGCUUUGAAUAAAAUCCCGAAAUCCGUCGUGA